CCACAGUUGUAACAGUAACACUUUUGCGCCUGUGCUGCGGGGCAGCGAGCGCUAAAACGCGCCUAAUGAUCCAAUCCCGGCUGGGCGAGUCACUAGAUGCAAUGUGCUGAACCCACCGAAACUUUAUCGUUCUAUCGAUUCCGUCACCAAACCAUCGACUUCAGUCGGUAGAAAGGCUCUUUCUCCCGGCCUGAGACUGGGCAAUUAUUGUCGUCACUACUCGAGCCAAAAUACUGUCAAACCUCGCGUGCCCCUAGAGGCUACUCCCUCAGAUCACCUCACCGAUGCCUGCCAUUGCUGAUGGGGAUUGCCGCUUCCGAUUCCUCAACCCUUAGCAUCUCGACGUCCGAAUGCACCGCCGCUGCCAAUCCCUUCCCGACUGCACACACCAAGCCAAGGGCCCGCCAUGGAUCGCGUAAGAAGGCAUGAGCUGCGCGACUUGAACCAGAGGGCCUGGAAUGGAGAGAAGGACCUCUUUCCCGUGGCCAAGUCCCUCGACUCGACCAUGAAGAAGAACACGGCCUUCAUCAAGCGUCUGCGCACCGCCAUAUCCCCUGCAACCCUUAACACGUUCCUUCAAGAAAUCAAGACUGUGAGCCUAUCCAAGUACCUCUCCGAAAUUGUGUCGGCCUGCCAUGAAGGCCUCUGCAAGCUCAAGUCUCCUGGAGAGAUUGAGGCUGGCGUGGAAAUCGUCAGUGCUCUUCACCAGCGCUUCGGGCCCGCAGAGUUCACGUCGUAUCUCGGAUGGUACUUGGGCAAAGCGAUGGCUACGCCCGAUAAGAGCGUUCUCAAGACACUUACGCCCGAGGCCCGAGAGAAGGAGGAAAAGGAUCGGCUGACCCGACAACGGGUCCUACUCCGUGUCGUAACAGAGCUCUGGCUCGUUGGCGUCCUGCGAACCCUCGACGAUAUCAAGCGCCCCGACGACCUCACUAACGGAACGGCUGGAAAACCGGCAGAAGUCAAGUCUCGAUCGUCUGCGAAGGGAACCGCUGCCGAACCCUUCCCUCUCGAGGUCUUGAAGGACCUUUUGGGCCAUGAUCGGGAACAUGCAAACCUCCCUCUGCUCGUUGUCUUCGUCAAGGCCUUCAGCUGGGAUGUCCUGGGAGUCAAGGCCGCCGGAUCUGAGGGCCGCAAAACUGUUGAGGAAGAUGGCGUCACCAAGGCCGGCGACGGAACUGAAGAUCCCGAGGAGGAAUCCGGACCGGCGCCCGAGGAUCCUUCUUUCACCCCGCCAGAACUGCAAGAGAGAUUCAAGAACGUACUGAAGCGCUAUUUUGAGGAUGUCAAGGGCCACCUCAUCCGUGACCAAAAAGCCAUUUACAACCAGUCGCGCAAAAAUGCCGAAGCUUAUGUCAAGUCGGGCGAGGUAUUUGAAGACCGACAGGCGAACUUUGAAAAACAGGUCAAAGCCCAAGAGCGGCUGGUCGCCAAUGCUCAGGUUAUCGCAGACGUCAUUGGAGCUGAGAUGCCAGAUCUCAAAGAAGGCGACGACUCUUCUACUAACGCAAACAGUUCGAUCGGCAUUGUGAAAGCUGGCGAGUAUCUGCGUGGCCAAGGAGACGGCUCCGGUGUCUGGGAGGAUGAGGAGGAGCGUCGCUUCUACGAGAACCUCGUUGACUUGCGGGGCAAGGUGCCCGGAAUUCUUCUCGAGGAGGUUAAGAAGAAGAAGCCGGACGCCGACGAGCAAGUUGGCAAGAGGAUCGACUCUGCCGAAGUCGCCGAGACGAUUAAUGCCGACGACGCUGCCGCCGAUGAUCAGUCUGUGGCGAUCGCAAACAAGUCAAUUGGGGCCCAAGUCGAUAUCCUGCUCGCAAGACUCCCUGAUCUCACAACGAAGGAGGCCAUUGACCAGAUGGCCAUCGACUUCUGUUUUGUAAACUCAAAAGCCUCAAGAAAUCGCCUGAUUAAAGCACUGACAGAGGUCCCAAAGGGGCGCGGUGAUCUUCUCCCAAGCUGGGCCCGGCUUGUUGCUACCCUUGGUCAAUACAUGUCCGAUAUACCUAAAGGAGUGGUGGAAUAUCUAGAUGCUGAAUUCCGCAGCCUCCAACGGCGCAAAGAGAAGGAAUUCCUGGGCCAGGUGAGACUCAGCAACAUUCGCUACCUUGCUGAGCUCACCAAGUUCGGCAUUGUGCCCGAACAUGUCGUCUUCCACUGCCUCAAGGUCAGCCUCGACGACUUCUCCCGGAUGAAUAUCGAGAUCAUUUGCAAUCUACUGGAGAACUGCGGCCGCUACCUCCUGAGAAACCCCGACACUUCGCCCCGCAUGGCGUCUUUCUUGGAAACUCUCCAGCGCAAAAAAUCCGUACAGCAUAUUGGGCAGGCCGAGAGAAUGCUCAUUGAGAAUGCUGUGUACUACGUCGACCCUCCACAGCGCCCUGCGAUUCAACAAAAGGAGAGGACGCCGAUGGAGCUCUUCAUCCGGAAGCUGGUUUACACGGAUCUGACCAAGCGGAAUUACAGCAAGAUUCUGAGGCAAAUCCGUAGGCUCCACUGGGAGGAGAAAGAGGUAGUUGCGGUCCUCCACAAGGUCUUUUCGAAACCUGGAAAGAUCAAAUAUGGCAACAUCCACCUCCUCGCCAUCCUGUUGAGCGCCAUUUACAGGUACCACACUGACUUCGUCGUUGGCGUGAUCGACUCCGUAGUUGAGUCUAUCGCCCUUGGUCUCGAACAAAACGACUUUAAGUUCAAUCAGCGCCGGAUUGCUGAGGUCAAGUACCUUGGAGAGCUCUACAACUACAGGAUGCUGGAACACCCCGUGAUCUUUGAUACCAUGUACAAGAUCAUGACAUUCGGCCACGGGGGACCACCGAUUCCUGGGCGCAUCAACCCGUUCGAUCAACCCGACGAUUUCUUCCGCAUCCGCCUGAUCUCCACGAUUCUAGAGACUUGCGGCAUGUUUUUCAACAAAGGGGCCGCCGGAAAAAAGCUGGACUACUUCCUUUCCUUUUUCCAGUAUUACAUCUACACCAAGAAUCCUUUACCCAUGGAUAUCGAGUUCCUCGUGCAGGACAUCUUUGCUCUGACGAGACCACAGUGGAAGCUUGCGUCAAAUUUGGAGGAAGCCUCCAAGAUCUUCCAGCUGGCUGUUGCGCAGGAUCAGAAGACUUCCGGGCUCGACAAGGUGGCAGAGCAAGAUGAUAGGACGAGCGGGAUGUCGACGGAUGAUGAGAACGGCGAAGAUAUGCCUCUUGCAGAGCAGGACGACUAUGAUGAGUCAGGCUCCGACGAGGGAGAUGCGGAGGAACCUGAACAGAAUCCGUCGUAUCACGAGAGCGAGUCCGAGGAAGAGGCCAUUGUCGUCACCCGAGAGGAAGAGGAGGUCGAUCCGGAAGACAAAGCAGAGUUUGAUCGUGAGUACGCGAAGAUUAUGGCUGAGAGUCUUGAGACGCGCAAGUUUGAGCGCAAGCAAGUAUUCGACAUCCCUUUGCCGGUGAGACCCAAGAACCGGGAAAAUACCACGGGCGGCGAACCUGCCGAAGGCGGAACCGGAAAUUCGAGUGGAACAAUGGCUUUUUCGCUCCUGACGAAGAGAGGCAAUCGUCAACAACAGACUCGGACCGUCGAAUUACCUUCAGACUCGACCUUUGCUGUUGCCAUGAUCAAUCAGCGGCAGGCAGCAAAGGAGGAGCAACAGCGCAUCAAGAACCUCGUGCUCAACCUUGAUCUUCGGGAAAACGAGGACACCGAUGGUGAAGAUGGCUUGACCCCUUACCGGCCCAGCUCCAGUAUUCAUCAUAUUUCUGCAGGAAACGAGAAGCCCGUUACCCACCACCAUCACAACCGACCAGACAACCGUUCGGGCAAAGAGCGCGGCGGGCAGCGCGUCCGCAAGCUGCAACUCAGCGACGUUGAUUGGUAUGAAACCCCCACAAAGCAUUCCCCAUCGGAUCGAGUGCCCUUCGCAGCUCGGCCGCUCCCAAACGGGCCGGUUGUUCGGUCAAUCGGGGCUUCAGGGGCGCACGGCCGAGUACCCUUGGCGCGUACAGAAGAGAAGAGCAUGACUAGCAAUCAUCGCAUGAACUCUACUUCAAGAAGACGCGGAGGCCGCUCCUCUGGCAAAGAACAGCAUCACGCAGGCACAUCAGUUACGAGACUUUUUCUGACAUGACCGCGUUCGGCGGGUAUAUGAUAGGACUUGAUACGGAACCAUACGGGCAUGCAUUUGACCUCAAUGACUAUGCCACAGGGCACUGAUCUGAACUGUUCCGUUGCCGAAACACGCGCUCUAGACCUGUAGCGCUU